ACAAAUUAUACAAGAACAAAUAUGACGCUACCACAGGCAAGCCCACUACGCGAAAUUGGAAAGACUGGUGUCAAGAUAUCUGCUAUCGGAUAUGGUGGUAUGAGCUUGGCUCCUGGUAUUUACGGUGAAACGGACGAUGGGUCCAGUGUUGAUUUGCUUAAAAAAGCUCUCGAUAUAGGAUGCAAUUUCUGGGACACAAUGUUUAUGGUCAGGGCCACAGUGAAAAAGUCAUUUCUCGAGUCCUUAAAGAUAGGAGUAAGGAUGUAUUCUUAGCUACCAAGUUUGGUAAUGAUUAUAGCAGCGGAACAUUCAGAGUCAAUGGUAAUCCAGAAUAUUUAAGAAGAUGCUGCGAUGCAUCAC